AUGGGUUUCGAGUUGAAUGUGGCCAACCGUGCCAGCCAGGCUGCGCUUCUGCCUGUGAUUCUUAUUGCGACUUCAAUCAAUGAGGCUCGCUCUAACCCUGUUAUCACAAUCAACUACCAUGACACUGCUUUGCUCGAGGGUGACAAUGCUGUGAUUCAGUUCAAGGCCGGUGAUAAGUCUGUUAAUGGCACUAUCCCUGCCAUUCAGGAGCUGCGUGCCCAGUUUCCUUACCUGUCGGGCAAGGAUGUUAAGGGUGAGGAUGAGUGGAUUUCCAAGUUGGAUUCAUUUGACACCCUAGACUUCAAGGCUCUUGACCCUGUCCUCCAGAACCUCGAUACCCACCUUCUGCUCCGCUCUUUUGUCUCCGGCUACUCCCUCUCCACCCCCGAUAUCGCAAUCUGGGGUGCUCUUCGUGGAAACCGUGUGGUUUCUGCCGCUCUGAAGAAGGGAACCCUUGUCAACUUGGGCCGUUGGUACAAGUUCCUUGAGGACCUUUGCCCUUGGGCGACUGUCGCUGUCGAGACCCUUACCGCUGUCGCCAAGGAGAAGAAGGCUGCUAAGUCCAAGGCUGGAGCCAGCUACGACAUUGCUCUCAAGAACACUGAAAAUGGAGUCGUCACCCGAUUCCCCCCUGAGCCCUCUGGAUACCUCCACAUUGGACACGCCAAGGCUGCCCUGUUGAACGACUACUUCGCGCACGAGAAGUACAAUGGUACUCUUCUCCUCCGAUUCGACGACACUAACCCCUCCAACGAGAAGCAGGAGUUCCAAGAUGCUAUUGUGGAGGACCUUGCCCUUAUGGGCAUUCAGCCCAACCGUGUUUCCUACACUUCUGACUACUUUGAUGAACUUUACGACUACUGUAUCACCAUGAUCAAGACCGGCAAGGCUUAUGCCGAUGACACUGACAAGGAAACUAUGGCCAAGCAGCGUUGGGACGGUAUUCCCAGCCAGCGUCGCGAGAUGGCUGCUGAGGAGUCCCUGGCUCGCUUCGAGGAGAUGAAGAAGGGUACUCCCGAGGGUCUGCGUUGGUGUAUCCGCGCUAAGAUCUCUGCGGAUGAUAAGAACAAGGCUAUGCGCGAUCCUGUCAUUUACCGUUGCAACCCAGCUCCUCACCACCGUACCGGUACUAAAUGGGUUAUCUACCCUACCUACGAUUUCGCUUGCCCCGUGGUUGACUCCAUGGAGGGUGUCACCCAUGCCCUGCGAACCAUUGAGUACCGCGACCGAAACCCCCAGUACCAGUGGAUGCUGGAUGCCUUGAGCCUCCGUACCGUGCAGGUCUGGGACUUUGCUCGCAUGAACUUCAUCCGUACCUUGCUCUCCAAGCGUAAGCUCACUAAGUUGGUUGAGUCUGGCGUUGUCUGGGGAUGGGAUGACCCUCGUUUCCCUACUAUCCGCGGUAUUCGCCGUCGUGGUAUGACCAUCCCCGCUCUGCGUGAGUUCAUCCUUAAGCAGGGUCCUUCCAAGAACAUUACCCUGUUUGACUGGGCCACUAUCUGGGCGACCAACAAGAAGUACAUUGACCCUGUUGCUCCUCGUCACACUGCCAUUGAGAAGGCUGAUAUGGUUCCUACUACCGUCACUGGCGCUCCUGCUCCUUACACUGAGAAGCGCGCUAAGCACGCCAAGAACGCUGCCGUUGGUGAGAAGACUGUCGCCUUCAGCUCUUCUAUCAUUCUUGAGCAGUUUGAUGUCAAGUCUUUCAAGCAGGACGAGGAGAUCACCCUCAUGAACUGGGGUAACGCCAUCGUGCGUAAGAUCACCACCGAGGGUGACAAGGUCACCAACCUUGAGCUGGAGCUGCACCUGGCUGGUGAUGUCAAGAAGACCGAGAAGAAGGUUACUUGGCUGUCCACUGAGGCACAGACUCUCGUCCUCGUUGACCUGGUCGACUUCGAUCACCUGCUGAAGAAGGACUCCUUGGAUGAGGAUGAUAUCCUUGAGGAUGUCCUUAACUUCGACACCGAGUUCCGUGUCAGCGCCAUGGCCGAUGGAAACAUCUCUGAGGUGCAAGUUGGUGACAUCAUUCAGUUUGAUCGUAAGGGCUUCUACCGUGUGGACCGAGCCCCUGCUCCAGGCGUGCCUGCCGUCUUCUUCAACAUCCCCACUGGAAAGCAGAAGUAG